AUGAAAUAAGCCAUUGAUGGGCGAGUCAUUUAAAUCACCUCGAUCUGCGCUCCACACUACCCACACACUUCUCUCCUCUCUAUCGAGUCUCGUCUCUAUCUAUAUAAAUCUCAAACAAUAUUAAUUUCUCACAGAACUCUAGGAAUUAAAACGCCGCCGGCAUGAAAUCCAUGGCCGCCCAACCAUCCACUCCCCCUCUGUUUUCUUCUUCCCUCCUCUAUUACAUACUGUUACUAUCAUUAUCCCUGCAGCUUACGGCCACCGCUGCAGCCGCCACCACUCUAGAAGAAACCCGCGCCGCCGCCGGCGACCGGAUCGAUUCACUUCCUGGCCAGCCGGAUGUCUCCUUCCCCCAGUACUCCGGCUACGUCACCGUCGAGGAAACCGCCGGCCGCGCCCUCUUUUACUGGCUCGCCGAGGCCCAGUCUCGCCCCCUCUCCCGCCCCCUCCUCGUCUGGCUUAACGGAGGCCCAGGUUGUUCGUCCGUGGCGUAUGGAGCAUCAGAAGAAAUUGGGCCGUUCAGGAUCAACAAAACAGCUUCUGGGCUUUACCUCAACAAGUUCUCGUGGAACAGGCUGGCCAACCUGCUCUUUCUCGAAACCCCCGCCGGCGUCGGCUUCUCCUACACCAACCGCUCCUCCGACCUCCUCGACACCGGAGAUUCCCGCACCGCAAAGGACUCGUUGCAGUUUCUGAUAAAAUGGAUGGACCGUUUCCCGCGGUACAAAACGAGAGAAGUUUACCUCGCCGGAGAGAGCUACGCCGGCCAUUACGUUCCUCAGCUUGCCAGAGAGAUUGUGAACUACAACAAUGCCCGCAAUUCCAACACCCCCAUCAACAUCAAAGGAUUUAUGGUGGGGAAUGCGGUGACAGACAACUACUACGACAACCUAGGGACGGUGGAGUACUGGUGGAGCCACGCCAUGAUCUCCGACAGGACACACCGGCAGCUGAGGAGCACCUGCAACUUCCGGCAGCACAAGGAGUCCAACCAGUGCGAGUCUCUCUACUACUACGCCAUGGACCAGGAGUUCGGCAACAUCGACCAGUACAACAUCUACGCUCCUCCCUGCAACCGCUCCGACGGCGGCCGCUCCGCCGGCCGCCACCACAUGAGACUCCCUCACCAGCCUCGCCCCGCCGCCGCCCCUUUCAGAGGGUACGAUCCCUGUACCGAAAAGUACGCCGAGGUAUACUACAACCGUCCCGACGUCCAGAAAGCCAUGCAUGCCAACAUUACUCGCAUUCCUUACAAAUGGACUGCAUGCAGUGAAAAGUUGAAUAGGAAUUGGAAUGACACAGAGGAUUCGAUCCUCCCAAUUUACCGGCAGCUUAUUGCAGCUGGCUUGAGAAUUUGGGUUUUCAGCGGUGAUGUGGAUUCAGUGGUACCGGUAACGGCGACGCGUUAUUCGCUAGCACAACUCAAGUUGCCCGUCGCUACUCCAUGGUACCCUUGGUAUGUCCGCAAACAGGUGGCAGGAUGGACGGAGGUGUACAAAGGGCUAACGUUCGCGACGGUGCGAGGGGCGGGACACGAAGUGCCAUUGUUCAAGCCCAUGGAAGCUUUGCAGUUGUUGAGUUCCUUUUUGAGAGGGGAACCUCUUCCCAAGGGAACAUAGGAUCGAUUGAUUGUGGAACUGUUUUUAUCUACUGCUAUUGUUUCAUUUGCUAGUUGUAUUUGUUCUCGACCAAAACAUGGUUGAUGAUAACUUGUUAAAUAUUAUUGGGUUGGUGGGUAACUCAAUGGGCCUGGAAAUAUAUGGUUAGGUUUCACAUCAAAUUUUGUUAAUGCAAGUGGGGAAAACUAUAGUAACUCCAAGUGAUAUUUUUGUGUUUUACUGACACAUCAUUAUUCUUGACGUGGGCGUAAGACACCACAAUGAUACUCUCACCCUACUAAAAGAUUGCUUUAGUUUGACGGUUAAACUGUGGUAUU